GACCCCAUGACAGGCCUCGGCUUGACGGGCGUCCACAAUGACGACCCCAAUCUUUUGGAGGAAGAAGUCUCCUUCCUCCGACGGGCCAGAGAGGCCACCGCGUUGGGAAGACAUUUCACUCCCCAUGUCUUCCAAGCCUUCUUUUUGGAAAUCAUCGAGGCGCGCAAGCGCUUUCUCGACUUCGCAGCCGAGAACUUGGGACCGCAGGACCCUGCCCACCACUCGCCGUUGGCCCAAGCUUGCGAUCGUUUUUUGGCCGUGGAAUGCCCCUGGGUUUGGGACGUGGCGAGCGUCCCGGUGCAGCUCCAGUCUGAGGGCCUCGAUUACGAAGAGACGGUCGAGAUGUACGGCUUAGAGCCUGAGAUGGAGGGGGGGGACGAU